CCCGUGAUGAUGUCACAAUCGCGGCGGGCCACGGCGUUCCCGGGUCGGCUUCGGGCGCCGAUCGGAGCGGGCAGCGGGCUCCUGAGUCAUGGACUUCCCCUGGCCCCUCCUCUACCACUCCCACCGCCGCGCCGGGCCCCCCCGCAGGGGCUAGCGCUCGCGCGGCGGCUCCGAGGGGGUGGGGCUGCUGGGAAUGGCUGUGCCCCCUUCGGCUCCUCUGCCGUGCUCGCCCUUUUACCUGCGGCGGCAGGCGCCGUGCCCGCAGUGCUCAUGGGGCAUGGAGGAGAAGGCGGCGGCCAGCGCGGGCUGCCGGGAGCCGCCGGGCGCCCCGAGGGCCGCCGCCGUCCCUUGCUUCGGCAUAUCCGUGGACCAGGACGACAUCCUCCCGGGUGCCCUGCGCCUCAUCCAGGAGCUGCGGCCGCAUUGGAAGCCCGAGCAAGUUCGGACAAAGCGCUUCACUGAUGGCAUCACCAACAAGCUGGUGGCCUGCUACGUGGAGGAGGACAUGCGGGACUGCGUGCUGGUCCGGGUGUACGGGGAGCGCACUGAGCUGCUGGUGGACCGGGAGAAUGAGGUCAGGAACUUCCAGCUGCUGCGAGCACAUGGCUGCGCCCCCAAACUCUACUGCACCUUCCAGAAUGGGCUGUGCUAUGAGUACAUGAGGGGCAUGGCCCUGGGACCCGAGCACAUCCGGGAGCCCCGGCUCUUCAGGCUAAUCGCCCUAGAAAUGGCAAAGAUUCACACCAUCCACGCCAACGGCAGCCUGCCCAAGCCCACCCUCUGGCACAAGAUGCACAAUUAUUUCACCCUUGUGAAGAACGAGAUCAACCCCAGCCUUUCCGUAGAUGUCCCCAAGGUGGAGGUAUUGGAGCAGGAGCUGUCCUGGCUGAAGGAACACCUGUCGCAGCUGGACUCCCCGGUGGUGUUCUGUCACAACGACCUGCUUUGCAAGAACAUCAUCUACGACAGCACCCAAGGCCACGUACGGUUCAUUGACUAUGAGUACGCCGGCUACAACUACCAAGCUUUUGACAUUGGCAACCAUUUCAACGAGUUUGCAGGUGUGAACGAGGUGGAUUACUGCCGCUACCCCAACCGGGAGACCCAGCUGCAGUGGCUGCACUACUACCUACAGGCACAGAAGGGCAUGGCCGUGACCCCCAGGGAGGUGGAGAGGCUCUACGUGCAAGUCAACAAGUUCGCCUUGGCAUCUCACUUCUUCUGGGCACUCUGGGCCCUCAUCCAGAACCAGUUCUCCACCAUCGACUUUGACUUCCUCAGGUACGCAGUGAUCCGGUUCCAUCAGUACUUCAAGGUGAAGCCUCAAGUGUCAGCCUUGGAGAUGCCAAAGUGACCAGCUUCCCCAUCUCUCCCUUACCCACCUGCCCGGCCAGACCCGUUCUCCGGGGCUCGGUCCUGCUCUGGGGUCCGCCCCCUUGGACAAGGUGGGAGAGGGGACAGGUGGGUGUCCAGGGAGAAGGCCCCAUCCCUGCUGCCAGCCCCCACCCCCACCCCAUGGAUGUUGCUGGAGACCACGUUCUUUUGUUUGGAGGGGCUGAUAGGACCCAGCUCUGGGGGUCCCCUUCACCAUGCCAGAUUUGGGGGUGGGGAAGUGCCUGCAGUCAGCCAGGGCCUGGACCAUAACCACCCCUGGGAAGCCCGGUAUUCCUGGCCUCAGGCCACGCUGGAAUCGGGGCUGCCUUAGAUGUGUCUUCGACCUUCCUGGCUUGGGGAAAAGGGGAGGUGGGAGGGCUCCUUUCUACCUCCAGUGCCCUGAGCCUCCAGCCCAUCUCCCCCUGCACGCCCCACGUGGGAGGUGCUGAUGAGCCCAAACCAGCAUCAUGCCAACUCUGACAGAUGGAUGUACAUAUCUGGGGGGAAUGAUCUAGAACUAGGGUUAACGGCUCCCCAAAGCCGCCUCAUCCGAGAUCCCCUCCCUUUCUCCAAGCCAGAUCCAAUCAAACCACCCCUUCCCAAACCUCUGCCCCAGGACCUGUGUUCCCCUCUCUUCCCCUUUUUGCUCUGUGCUUGUGUUCUGUCCCUCUGCCACCUGCUGGGAGGGAAGGCAAGGGAGUGGUGCCCUCCUGGGCCUCCAGAGCCCAGCUCCGCUUUGUGCUUGGCCAGAGUAGGGUGGCCACCGUGGCCAGCAGCUUCCCACCUUGUUCUCUUCCCUGCCCUCCAGGCCCUCGUUUCCAAGGAUUUGUCUCUCCCUCUCCACCUUUUGUCCUGACCCAAAGACUUCCCGCUAGGAAAUGAGUAGUGGGAGUCAAGGGG